UCCCUGCUCGCACUGCGCAUGCUCCCUGCAUCCUCUCCCCUGCCCUGCUCUCCAUCCUCACACACGGUCCAGGGACUUGAAGAAGCUCGGAUAAAGAUGCUCAUCGUCUCGGGUCGCCGGAGCCUUGUCACCGGGUGAAGUUGAGUUCGCAAACAGAGGAAGCGGCACAUCCAGCAGCAGCAGCAGCAGCAGCAGCAGCAGUAUCAGGACCUCCACCAAAUCUCUCUGUCUCCUCUCUCUCUCCUCACUCUCUCUCUCUCACCGACAUGGAGCUGAAGAGAUCUAUUUCGGACAACGAGCGCGCGCUCAGGAGCUACGGCGCCGUGUCGGAGACGGCGUGGACCACGGACAAAGGUCACUCAGACGUGUCCAUGGCAGAGAGCACCAUGUCUCCAGAUGAGAUCGAGGUGGAGAUGACUCGUAUCCAGCGCCUGCGGGAGGUCCUGGUGCGCCGGGAGUCCGAGCUGCGCUUCAUGAUGGAUGACAUUCAGCUCUGCAAAGACAUCAUGAGUUUAAAGCAGGAGCUGAGGCUGAUUGUCGCAGUACCAGAGAAAGAAAAAACAAAGAAGCACCGGCAGCGGGAAGAGGAGCUUAUCCUGAAGAUCCAUAAACUGGUGCAGAAGAGGGAUUUCCUUGUGGAUGACGCUGAGGUGGAGAGAUUAAGGGAGCGAGAGGAGGACAAGGAUAUGGCAGAGUUCCUCAGACUGAAGCUGAUUCCUCUGGAGAAGAAGCUCAAAGUCGCACAAAAUCCUCCAAAGCCUAAGAGACAAAUCCUGGAGCUGCCACCCAACAAACCAUCCAUCACCAAGACAGGAGUGGCCAUCAUUAAAGACUGCUGCGGGGCCACCCAGUGUGCCGUCAUGUAACCGACAAGAGACCUCUUUAUAAUCCCGUCCACGCAUCAGAAUAACACACGUGCUUCACAUGACAUGCCAUACAUCUCUUCCUGUGACUCAGAGAAGCCCAAUGUCUCCCCUGGACUCUGUUCAGGAGUCAGGUUUGUAAUUUUAAUACAGUUUCUGCCACAAAGGGGCAUCCAGAGGUUUGGAAACUUAUCCCUGAUCAGUACUCAAACAGCUUGUGUAAGUGCAGACGGCUUCAGCUGUGUAUGUGGAGUGACGUGGAAAGGGAAAUAUGGCUAUUGUAAAUAAAAAAUGAAUGACCUUUCUUGAGAGGGUGGUGAUAAGGUCUAUGAUGAUGUUUCUGAUACUCAGUGCAUGUAGGUGAACUACAAGCACAAAUUGAAGUUUAAAUCCUGGGUUUCUCUGUGUGACCGGGAAAAAAAAAAUCAUGUUUUCAUCUCAUCAUGUUUGAUAAUGGAUAGUUCUUCUUCCAUCUCAGCCAUUUAACACUAACCUGAGACAUACAACUAUACAUUUUCAUCAUUGUUACCAAGUGGGAGGAGCACACAGUUCAUACAACAACAUGGCUGCAGAUUAAGUGAACGUGCAAAUGUAAACCAAGGUGUAAAUGCAGGAGAGUGGUGGAUGCUUUUUGUACUAUAGCUGACAAAUAUUUUUGCCUCAAUGCUUUGGCUCAAACAGCAGAAAAAUCUCUAGACUCAAUUCUGUUCAAACCAUCUCACCAUUGCAAACAAAAAUGUGUUGUCCAAGCAACAUAAUAAUGAGACAAUGUACUAAAGAUAAAAUAACAUGUGGCUAAACUGCCGGUGCAUCAUGAUCUUUAUAACCAAUUCACCUGCAGCUCUUUUGUGUUCCUCAAUACUCAAACCGCAGAGACGAGGGGGGGCAGGGGUCACAUGAUCAAACCAAAGGUUAUAAAGUGGUGUUUAAGUGGAAUUAUGUUUUUUUUUUCAACAUGGGCCCUAUUUUUGAUAAAUUUAAAUAAAUGAAAUAAAAAUAAAUCGUCAAAAACCUUUGGAAUCUGUCCAGUAAAUUACCUCUGCUGGCAUGAAAGCAGUGGCUACAAUGUAAUCUAAUGGGGCAACUGUGACAGUCCAAGAAAUGUCCAUGUUAUCCAAAAGAGUGACACUUCUCGUUGAGCGAGUCAUGUAAAAUGUUGCCAGACUCUUAGCAAAGAUCCAAAAUAAAAAUCUGUGCAUAUAAUUGGUGAAAAAUAAGGAUUUUGUGCACCGUCGCAUUUGCCCCAUAAGAUUUCAUUGUAGCCACUGCUGCUGUGUCACAGCUGCCGGUGGACACUAUCUACUGGACCAAAUCCAAAGGCUUUUGUAAGUACUAUUUACACACCCACAUUUAUAAACAUAGGGCCCAGGAUGAAAAAUAACAGAAUUAUCCUUUAAAGAACACAUAUGGAAACAAGCUUGGAGUUGAAGAUCAUUUUGUAGCACUACACUGAAAUGCGUGUUCAAUGUUUCGCAUUACACUGAAUACUAACAGCAAUGCAACCUCAUUUGAGCCACUUUUCUAACAGCGUUUUCCACAAGUAACACGUCAAAUUUUCUGGUUAACCCCUGUAUAUGCCAACACUAAAAUAAAUGAUGGGGUGUUUUAUUAAUUUAUGCAUUUUAUUUUAAAUGGUCCACUCAUUCAUUCCUCUGACGCAACACAUCAUCUCAGCCAUCAGCUACUGAGAAAUAACUGACAGUGGUAGUGUGACAUUCAUUAUUGAAAUCAGAUAUUGCCGACAAAUCACUUGCAUCCUCUGAAUUUAGUCUUGUGUUUUUAUGAUAAUCAGGAAAUGAAUGCAACUCUCUUGUAAAUGCCUUCGAUAACAUGGUGUAUGUUUGAGUGUAUUUAGUGACUCAUGUCAAGCAAAGUGUUGCUCUUCGUCACUUUACCUUCCCUCUGAUAACUUAGUGUUCCGUAGUUGUAGUACAUUUAUGAAGGUCCUGAUGUUGAGUAUUGAACAAAUAUGCAGAAAAUAAGCUGAAACUCCCUGUACAUACAUGUUUAAAUAAAGAGCAUCUUUCAGGAA